AUGGAUCAUAUUCGAAAACUUGCUGAAGAUAAGAAUAAAACGACAAAUCCUGGUCUGAAAAAAGCAGCAGAUGGUGUUCUCUGGAAAUUAGAAAAGGAAAAUGAAUUUAAAAAGCAAUAUCAAGAACAAACAACAAGCGAGAAUACACAAUUUGAUUUCAUGAUCAGCUAUAGUUGGGGUGAUAAGCCAUUAGUACGUAAAAUAUUCAAGUAUUUAAUAGAACAGUGCCAUUAUCGAGUAUGGUUAGAUGAAAAUGAAAUGAGUGGUUCCUUAUGUCAAGCAAUGGCACAGGCAAUUGAAAAAUCGAAAAUAAUUCUCAUAUGUAUGUCUGAAACAUAUAAACAAAGCGAAACUUGCCGUAAUGAAGCCGAAUAUGCACGUGAUCGAAAGAAAACAAUUAUUCCACUAAAAAUGAGAGAAGUUGAAUUAGACGAUUGGCUUGGAUUCAUAGUUGCCGGAAAAUUGUAUAUUAAUUUUGGAAAACACGAUUUUGAAAAGAGUAUGAGCUUGUUAAUAGCUGAGAUUGAACGAUAUCAGUCUACAAAAGAAACGACUAAACAAACCACAAAAAUGAACAGGACAGAACCUAUUGUCAAUGAUCCCAUAUUACAAACUGCUUGUAUAACUGCAUCAUCGAUCUCAAAGUUACUUAAUCGUGCUAAUUUUAUCUCAACUGAAUACAAACAAAUUCCAAUUGUACUAUGGUCUGAACAGCACGUCCGAGAUUUUCUCUUCGACAAAAACUUGGAUAUAAUUAUUUUAUUAACUGAAAAUAUGAAUGGCGAACAGCUUUAUGAGUUUUCGGAGCGAUGUAGGCUGCAAAAAGAAUUUUGGUCCAUGUUCGAUCGUCUAAAUAUUGAACUAGAAAAACGAUAUAAGCAAACACUUCCCAUAGCAGUUUAUACACGAUUCCUGAAUGAAACAGCGAAGUAUUCAAAUGAAUCCACAUCGUUUUAA